AGGAAGGAAUAGUUUUUCCCCCAAUCAGUAUAGAUCUGUUGGUUCCUAGACAGUUACUGUGUAAUUGUUAGCAGGAAACCUGUGAAUAAUAAGGAUGGCAAGUGUAUCCAGAGUCCUGACCAAGAGGAUUUUAUCAACUAAAGCCCUCCCUGCAGCCGCCCGAUGUAGCUCCAGGAACAUCCACUUCUCCAUCUAUGGGAAGAAGGACAACGCCAAAGUGUCAGAUGGUAUCUCAACCCAGUACCCGGUAGUGGAUCAUGAGUUUGAUGCGGUGGUGGUAGGGGCUGGGGGAGCAGGUCUGAGAGCUGCUUUUGGUCUGUCUGAGGCUGGCUUCAACACGGCCUGUGUCACCAAGCUGUUCCCCACUAGGUCUCACACUGUGGCAGCACAGGGUGGGAUCAAUGCAGCCCUGGGUAACAUGGAGGGAGAUGAUUGGAGGUGGCACUUCUACGACACAGUGAAGGGAUCUGAUUGGCUAGGGGACCAGGAUGCUAUCCACUACAUGACAGAGCAGGCCCCAGCUGCCGUGGUGGAGCUGGAGAACUUUGGAAUGCCCUUCAGUCGGACAGAUGAUGGGAAGAUCUAUCAGAGGGCCUUCGGGGGUCAGAGCCUGAAUUUUGGAAAGGGAGGCCAAGCACACCGAUGCUGCUGUGUAGCUGACAGGACUGGACACUCCCUUCUUCACACAUUGUAUGGACGGUCCUUAAGGUAUGAUACCAGCUACUUUGUGGAGUACUUUGCCCUGGACCUGCUGAUGGAGGAUGGUGAAUGCAGAGGAGUGAUCGCUCUCUGUAUGGAGGAUGGAUCCAUCCACCGCUUCAGAUCCAACAACACUGUCAUCGCUACUGGUGGUUAUGGCCGUACCUACUUCAGCUGUACCUCAGCCCACACCAGCACCGGGGAUGGCAACGCCAUGGUAACCAGAGCUGGUCUACCAUGCCAGGACCUGGAGUUUGUACAGUUCCACCCCACCGGUAUCUAUGGCGCCGGCUGCCUCAUCACUGAGGGUAGCCGUGGCGAGGGAGGGAUCCUCAUCAACAGUGAAGGAGAGCGCUUUAUGGAACGCUACGCUCCCAACGCCAAAGAUCUGGCCUCCCGGGAUGUGGUGUCACGCUCCAUGACCAUUGAGAUCCGUGAGGGAAGGGGUUGUGGUCCGGAGAAGGACCAUGUGUACCUGCAGUUGCACCACCUGCCCCACCAGCAGCUGGCCACCCGCCUGCCUGGUAUCUCUGAGACCGCCAUGAUCUUCGCUGGGGUUGACGUCACCAAAGAGCCCAUCCCUGUCCUGCCCACCGUCCACUACAACAUGGGAGGAAUCCCCACUAACUAUAAGGGACAGGUCAUAACUCAUCCAGAUGGGGAGGACAAGGUGGUGCCAGGGCUGUAUGCCUGUGGUGAGGCUGCCUGUGCCAGUGUCCAUGGUGCCAACCGGCUGGGUGCCAACUCCCUGCUGGAUCUGGUGGUGUUUGGCAGAGCCUGUGCCCUCACCAUCGCUGACACCUGCACUCCAGGUGAGAAGCUUUCCCCACUGAAGCCCAGUGCUGGAGAGGAGUCUGUUGCCAACCUGGACAAGAUCAGGUUUGCUGACGGGAACACCAGAACCUCUGAGAUCAGACUCAACAUGCAGAGAACGAUGCAGACCCAUGCAGCAGUGUUCCGUACCGGUGACGUUCUGAAGGAGGGAUGUGACAAGAUGGACGCCAUCUACCAGACCAUGGAGGACAUCAAGACAUUCGACCGUGGUAUGGUGUGGAACACUGACCUGGUCGAGUCUCUGGAGCUGCAGAACCUGAUGCUGAACGCGGUCCAGACUAUCCACUCUGCCGAGGCCCGCAAGGAGACCAGGGGAGCACACGCCCGGGAGGACUACAAGGACCGUAUGGAUGAGCUGGACUACGCCAGGCCUCUGGCAGGACAGGAGAGGAAGCCUUUCGAACAGCAUUGGAGAAAACACACCAUGUCCACUGUGGAUCCUCAGACUGGCGAGGUAAAACAACUACCACGACUCCUGUCUGUGUGUCUGAUGGAAACGCAUAGGGACAAUCUGGCGAGGUAAAACAACUACCACGACUCCUGUCUGUGUGUCUGAUGGAAACGCACAGGGACAAUCUGGCGAGGUAAAACAACUACCACGACUCCUGUCUGUGUGUCUGAUGGAAACGCACAGGGACAAUCUGGCGAGGUAAAACAACUACCACGACUCCUGUCUGUGUGUCUGAUGGAAACGCAUAGGGACAAUCUGGCGAGGUAAAACAACUACCACGACUCCUGUCUGUGUGUCUGAUGGAAACGCAUAGGGACAAUCUGGCGAGGUAAAACAACUACCACGACUCCUGUCUGUGUGUCUGAUGGAAACGCACAGGGACAAUCUGGCGAGGUAAAACAACUACCACGACUCCUGUCUGUGUGUCUGAUGGAAACGCAUAGGGACAAUCUGGCGAGGUAAAACAACUACCACGACUCCUGUCUGUGUGUCUGAUGGAAACGCAUAGGGACAAUCUGGCGAGGUAAAACAACUACCACGACUCCUGUCUGUGUGUCUGAUGGAAACGCAUAGGGACAAUCUGGCGAGGUAAAACAACUACCACGACUCCUGUCUGUGUGUCUGAUGGAAACGAAUAGGGACAAUCUUCCCUGAACAGAAUCAAGCCUGUCUGGACUAAAAAAACAUGCUCUUGGUUGAACAUACUGUUUAGUCCAGAAAUAGGUUUUUGGAUGGAGAUGGAGAAAUACAAAUGAGUGCCUUUGGACUGAUCUGGUAUUAGGAAACUGAUCUGGUAUUAGGAGACUGAUCUGGUAUUAGGAGACUGAUCUGUAUUAGGAGACUGAUCUGGUAUUAGGAGACUGAUCUGGUAUUAGGAGACUGAUCUGUUAUUAGGAGACGGAUCUGGUAUUAGGAGACUGAUCUGUUAUUAGGAGACGGAUCUGGUAUUAGGAGACUGAUCUGUUAUUAGGAGACGGAUCUGGUAUUAGGAGACUGAUCUGUUAUUAGGAGACGGAUCUGGUAUUAGGAGACGGAUCUGUUAUUAGGAAGCGGAUCUGUUAUUCGGAGACGUAUCUGGUAUUAGGAGACGUAUCUGGUAUUAGGAGACGGAUCUGGUAUUACGAGACGGAUCUGGUAUUAGGAGACGGAUCUGUUAUUAGGAGACGGUUCUGUUAUUAGGAGACGGACCUGUUAUUCGGAGACGGAUCUGGUAUUAGGAGACUGAUCUGUUAUUAGGAGACGGUUCUGUUAUUAGGAGACAGACCUGUUAUUCGGAGACAGACCUGGUAUUAGGAGACAGACCUGGUAUUAGGAGACGGAUCUGGUAUUAGGAGACGGAUCUGGUAUUAGGAGACUGAUCUGUUAUUAGGAGACGGUUCUGUUAUUAGGAGACGGUUCUGUUAUUAGGAGACAGACCUGUUAUUCGGAGACAGACCUGGUAUUAGGAGACAGACCUGGUAUUAGGAGACGGAUCUGGUAUUAGGAGACUGAUCUGUUAUUAGGACACUGAUCUGUUAUUAGGAGACGGAUCUGGUAUUAGGAGACUGAUCUGUUAUUAGGAGACGGUUCUGUUAUUAGGAGACUGAUCUCUCUGUCAUG